GGGGGAACUGGGAGCUUCAGCGUGGCCCUGGACUGAAGCGUUGGAACAAAAAUAAUAUCAGGAUUCUGACUCACUUAUGCAAACAGGUUGCCCCUCCUUGAGCCGGUUGGUUACUGUCGGAGAUGAGGCCCUCAUGUCGAUUCUGGGAGACUGCAGUGAUUACCAGUGGAAGGAGUUCCAGGGAGCCAAGUUGGCUUCCCUUUUUGGGCUAGACCAAGAAGCCAGUCAGGGGAAUGAGUCAUUCCAGUAUACAGCUCCCAAACAGCCCAAAAAGAGCUCCAGUCUUGGACCAGCCAAUCAGAAAGCAACCCCACCACCUGGAGCUCCUGCAGUGUUGUUUGCUGCAGCAGUUCAAGCCUUCAGAUUUGUGAACGGUCAAUACACAAAGCAAGGAAAGCUGGGAGCAGCUGUGCUGGGCAGCCACACAACAAAAGAGUACAAAUUGCUUCUGUACUUGAGCCAACAGAAGCAAGUUACUGCUGCCAAGAUUCAUGUGGGCUUUGUUUUCACGGUACAGCCAAACAAUUACUGCACUUUUUAUGAUGACCAGAGGCAGAACUGGUCCCUGAUGUUUGACUCAGAGAAAAGCGCUUCAGAUUUCUGCAAGGAGGUGUGUUUGGCCAAAGCAAACAGCACAUCCUCUUUGGAUUCAGUGGUGAUUCAGGAUCUGAGUCUCGGUGAGGGCCAGGCGGUGGAGAAUGGGGACUCCUUGGAGGUGGUGUACACAGGCUGGCUCCUGCAGAACCACACGAUAGGACAGGUUUUCGAUUCCAACCAGAACAAAGACAAGUUCCUGCGACUUAAACUCGGAGCUGGAAAAGUAAUAAAAGGAUGGGAGGAGGGGAUGCUGGGAAUAAAGAAGGCGGGUCGUCGUCUCAUUAUCAUCCCACCCAGUCUAGCUUAUGGGUCCAAGGAAGUCCCUAACAGAGUCCCAGCUAACAGUACUCUUAUCUUUGAAGUGGAGCUUCGAAGGGUAAAGUUUUCUAAAGAUAGCAGUUCUGAUCAGACAAGUACCAGCUCCAGAGACUCUGCUGCUCCCUCCCCUUCUCCAUCUUCAGCCACAAGUGUGGAAAAUCUGGCCCCAGAGCCUCCUGUACCAGCAACUGCAUCAUGUCCUGGCAAACCAGGGGAGACACCGCUGCGUGUAAAGUCUAACUCUCUGAGUGAACACCUGGCGAAUCCAGAUGCCACUAAAGCAAAGCUAAUCUCCCGCAUGGCAAAGAUGGGUCAACCAAUGCUGCCUUUUCUGACAGGAGCUGCCAGUCAGCCUGAAUCCAGUGACUCUGAGCUCGAGGACACCAGUGGCACCAGAAGUAAGGACUGUCCUGCAGGUCCUUCUCCAGUACAAAUUACAUCUGCUGCUCCAGCUUCUGCUCACAUCCAUUCUCAUCAACACACUGCUCCAACAUCUGCCUUACUUCCUGUGAUGACUUCUGUUGGCCCUCAGUCUGGGAUGCCAGGCAGCAGCCACGCCUUUCAGCCUUAUUACUACACACAGCCCCCUGCAGCUCCUCCAGUGCAGCCUAUUGGCUAUCCUGUACAGACGGUUCCAUACAUGGUCAAUCCUCCAGGUCCUGGAGAUGUUACUACUUUCUUGAUGACCGAGGCUCGGCAACACAACACAGAGAUUCGGUUAGCUGUGGGAAAAGUAGCAGAUAAGUUGGACCAGCUUUCUUUAAAGAUCGAUGAUCAUCAAAGACAAGGAAGUCAUCCCAUGAGUGUUUCCACCAUGACAAUGGAAACGUCCAUGGUUCUUCACAAUAUUCAGAGAAUUGUCCAGGAAAAUGAAUCUUUGAAAAAGGAAGUCUUUGAGAAAAGUUCUCGUAUCGAGGAGCAGAAUUUUAAGAUCGGUGAUCUUAUCAACCAGAACCAAAGGUACAUGGAACAGAGUCAUCUGCUGCUUGAACAAAGGACUGAUACCCUGAAGUCAUCCAGUGAACAGAACCAGGCAAGAUUACUGCAAGCUGAGCAGGACAAGCAUGCUCUGCCACUGGACCUUGGCUCUGGCCAGGUUCAUUUGACGGAGGAGCUGGCUUCAUCCACAGCCAGAGUGUCUCAGUUGCAGCUUGAAGCUUCAGCUCACCAGCAAAAAGCUGCAGAGCUGCAAAACAAACUUAAUUCAGCACUGCAAGAGGGCGAAAGCCACAGCCAACGCGUCACGGCCCUGGAAACACAGCUGGAAGAAGUGAAAGAGGCAGCAGAACGGGCUCAGACUCAGUACCGCUCAGAGAAACAAAGGCGCAAAGAGGUGGAGCUAAAAGUUAACACUUUGGAGGAAGAGCUACAGGACCUGAAAGCCGACAAAGCAAACCUAGAACAUGCACUUUCAGAAAGGAAGAAGAAAUGGCAAGAAGAGCGUAAACAACGAGAUGAGGAGGUGGAGGAGCUACGGAAGAGCAGCCAGCAGGAACUGGACAAUGUCCGAGCUCAGCUUCGAAAGGCCAGGACCAGCAAUGAUAACGCUGCGUCUGAACAGUUGUCUCAGCUGCAGGCAGAGCUUGAAGCAGAGUGGAAGAAGUCAUCAGAGCACUUACUGGUUUCAGCUAAAGAGCAGCAUCGCAGAGAACUGUCUGAAGUAACAGAGCAGAAAGACAUUCUUCAGAACAAGUUAACGCAACUACAAGACAAGGUAGACCAGCUGAAGCAGUCGAGAGGAUCAGAAGAUCAUUUGCUGCAGCACAGAAAGCAGAGUGAGGACCUGCAAGCACUUCAAGAAAAAUACUUUGCCUUGGAGCAACAGACGACUGCUGUAAGGCAGGAACUGGAGAGAAGAGUGGCUGAGCUGCAGAGGCAAGUGGAAAACUCCGAGAGCUCAGGAGACACUGCAGCAGAGGUGAAGCGGGUGAUGAAUGGAGUGUUUCGUUCUCUGCGAGCAGAGUUCAAUCUCAGUGAAUCUUACAGUGGCCAGGCGGUGCUGCAGGUCAUAGUCGCUACUAUUAAGAAUGUCACUCUGCAGUUGCUCAAUGACACAGACAGAUCCACUCACAGACCAGCUGCCAAGGAGGAGGAAGAAGAGGAAGAAGGACCUGAGGAUGUGAAGCAAAGUGAGAACACAUUUCAUCACGAACAUGUUAAUGGAAAGAGAGAAGUGAACGAAGAGGAGGACAAGCAGGAUGAGAAAGACAUGGCUGACUCCGAUUCUCAUCAAGUCAGUGAGGCCCAGGUGAUGGAGGAAGUAAAAGAAGAAGAGGAGGCUGUGACAGAGUCAGAGGCAGCAGGUCAGGCAGAGGUUUCUGAUUCUCACCCAGUUUUAACGUCUCACAUCCCAUCACAAGAUACAACAACAGGUGUGGACUGUGAGCAAGAACAAGCCUCUGCUCCUGACAACUCUACAGAAAGUGUUUCCCUCAAAUCUGAGGAUCCCGAUGAUGAACCUGAGAAGAGUCCACAGCUCAGCGAUGGUCAGGAAACAUACAGUACAGUGAGCACUGAGGUAGAUGUUAAGAGUUUUGAAGAAACAGAGAACAAAGGAGAAAUAACUGCUGCUUCUCAGAAAACCUUUGGACCACCAGUAAACCCACCUCCACCACCCGUUGCUCCUCAGAACAGUUCUGAAGAGGACACCAGUCUGACCGAGGAGAAUGGACAAGAGCCAUUUUUUCAGAGCCCACCUCCUGCCAACCCCCCUGCUGCUCUUAUUGAUGAAGAGGAGGAGGAUGAGAUAAGUUUGAAGGGCCAUCCUCCACCCACCCCUCUGUUUGGGGAUGAAGACGAUGAUGACAGCCUGGACUGGCUAAACUGACAUCAGCCACGUAUUAACUGUUUUCAGCAAAAACAGGCAUGGGUUUCUCCAUGAUGGAGUCUUAAAGGGGACAAGUCUCAGGUGGUGAACUGGACAGAGGAGUCAGGGUCUCUUCUGCUGCCCCCACACUGGUCUUCWCUUAUCCCACCAAUCAAAUCCAUCUAUUUGAUCCUACCGGACACUAUUUGAACUCUGAUUUCUACAUAGCGCUGUAGCAGAUUAGUUUCUUUAAUCAGAAACGGUGAUUCUUUUUUGUGGUUUUUAGACUGUUCAGUAACAAUGUUUUUAGGAAUAGAAAUUUUACACGUUUUUCUAAUCUAAAACUCAUAUUGGAAAAUAAAUGGCGUAAAAAAAUGGGGUUUUCGUUGA